UAAUUAUUAAUUAAUAUAUUGUAAAAUGGGAGGCUUUUAGAAAUAUCCAAUUCCUCGUUAUGUGUUGGUAAUUAUCUUUUUAUAAAUGUAUAUAGAGUGAUGCCUGGCUUUACAAUAGACAAUGGUUUAGACAUUCAGUACAUGUAGCAAUUCCAACAUUAAUUCUCUCAUUCCUAAUUUAUAGAGGAGGAGUAGCAUCAUAGACAUAGAAGAUGGGAGAAGACUAUUAUGUUGAUCCAUAGGAUUAUCAAUCACCAAAGAAAUUGAUUUUCUGAGACUUAAAACACAAAAAUAUAAAUAUAUAAUAAAAUGCAAUCAACCAACACUUCAAGUCCCUAAAAACCAUCAACUGCUUCUGCAAGUAUUACUUAUUUUACAUAAAAUCAGGUAAAUCAAUUGGACCCUAUCGUACUGUAAUUUUAAAUAGAAAUAUCUCUUUUAGAUUAUUACUACUUAUGCCCC